CAAACUUCAAAGCUGAAUCCUGAUGAUUUUGGAGCCAUCAGUCUUUCUGGGUUUUGCUCCGUACCUCGGUCACCGAAGCCUGCAGAUUUGUGCAGCUAGCUGUCGACAAAGCUUCGAUCAUGCUUAUGUGUCUGAUGUGUGGCACGCAGUGGAUUUUUCUCAGUGGCGACCAUUGGAGGGUCACAUAGAACCUGGAGAUAUGGAUUUGAUCUUUGCGCUCAAACGUGUACCACCUGGGCGUUUGCGCCGGUUGGUCUUGCGAAGCCGGCGUAUCAGCAACGAUGGGUUCAGUGCAAUCUUGCUGAUGCAGAAUCAAGUAGAAGAACUUGUGAUAGACACCAAUCUGACACAUCUAGGUAGUGCCAGUUGCAGUUGCCUCUCUGGCGAUGCCCUGGCUUUGGCGCCAAGCUUGCGACGCUUGGAGUUGCUGGGUCUUCCUCUCUCGGCCCUCGCCAUGUCGGACGGGAUGGACGGGCGGGUCUCGCUGGAGACGUUGGUGUUGCAGCUUCCCACGCUGCAAGAUCUUCAGGCAAUCCCAGGGCUGAAGACAUUGAAGAUGCUUGAAGUGUUCCCUCCUGCAAUCAGCUUCAACAGCCUGGGCAUGUUGCUUCCAGAAGUUCAGCUCUUCAACGAAGCCCUACUCCGGAUCUUCAACAGCUGCCAGCAAUUGCAGCAAGUUCGCUUGUGGGGGUUUUACAUCCUGGAUACCAUGAUGCUUCGAGCCCUCUGCAACUUGCCCAAACUGGAAGAGCUUCAUGGCUACUACCGUGAGGAUGUGGACCGUACGACGCUUUCGGCGCUUUCGAGAAAAUGUGUCAACGUUCAUUUGGCUCUUCCGCCUUGAGAAAAUCGACCAGAAAUGACCAGUUUCUACCAGGAGAAUCGUGAAACGGCCGUGUGCUGACGCAAUUUGAUCAAUGUGGCAGCUGGGUCAGGCAAAGUUUUUUCGGCAAAGUUCCUUCUGAUUCAGUUCUGCACAAGACAUGGGAAUAUGAAUAGUUUUGCUAGCGAAGGCGUGAUGUUUGUCAUGCCUCAAUUCAAUGAAUUUCAAUGCUGCAAAUGCUUGCAUGUUUCUGCCUUGAAAUUAGAUGAAUUCGAUGUUUUGAUGUGAUUUCGUCCGAGUUUGUUGGCCGUUUGCCUGUGGGUGGCGACGACUUGCGUCAAAA